GGCUAUGACCGGUCAUCAAAUGCACACUCGGCUCAAUUGGUGAGAAAUCUGUGGUUGGGGGCAACUAUCUCCAGAUAGUGUUUGCCUAACUGAUGAGUGGGUCAGACACCGAUGAGGGUAGAGUUGACGAUGCAAGGCUGACACGUUCGAGAUCACUAAGGGUUCCGCACGUGGUUCAGGCCCUACAGUCGGGAGAUGAGAGACGGCUUUGUGCCGAAGUUAGAGCCCGUGCUCUCGCAGCAGCCAGGGAUACAGCGCUAGCUGCAAGUCAGGCGUUGGCAGAAGCAAACGCCGCAGCUAGGGAACAGGCAGCAGCAGCAGACACGGCAGCAGCAAUGGCUACCACAGCAGCAUCCUCUGCUGCAUCCUCGUCUGGGAGCCUGUUGGGAAUGCCCUCAGGACCCAUGGGUACUUCCGGAUCGGUAGGGUCUAGUCAGUCCACAAGUCAAAUGGCGGGCUCGCAGUUCAGUCCGUUGACCCCACGCGGCAGAGAGCUACUAGAGAUCCAACAAGUCGAAAGGAUCCCCGCUCGGCUAGAGAGGGAACUGAAGCAAGCUACCGAUAGAGAAAAGGAAAUAAAAAAUAGAACAGCCAGGCUUGAUGCGUUAGAGGCAGACACAACUGCACUAGAGGGUUUGGAUGAGUCAACCACGACUGACCAGAUGAAAGUGUUGAAGGCCAGCAUACUGUUGCUGCAUGCGCAUGUGGACAGUAGGCUGGACUUCAUGCAGAAUUCCUUGGACCAAAUCUUGGACCUUUUGCAAAGGCCAGGAUUACGGCCAGCAGCACAGUCGCCGUUGCCGUUAACGGCGAUGUCAGGCCCCUUUCCGGUACAACCUGGCACACAGCCAAGUGGUACGUUUGCAGCAGCCGCACAAAUUGUUGCUUCUUCUUCUUCUGUUCUAGCGGUGAUAGCUACACCAUCACCGCAACAAAUUGUUCCACCACAGGGACAGCAGCGAGGUCAAUGGUACCCAAAGACCCCAAUGAAACCGCCCCUUGCCUUCUCCGGUGAGAAGAAGGACGAGGAUCUCAACACUUGGUUGAGAAUAGUUCCAAUGUGGGUAAGGGCAAAGAGGACUUUGCAGGAGGAGGAGGUGAUUACCGCUGCAUCUUACCUUGAGGGUAAGGCGGCCAAAUGGCUGGAUGGUAUAGUAGUGAAGGCCGGGUACGAACGACCCAUGGCAGAUUGGGGUAAAACCCUUACAUUAGAAGAGUUCUUGGAUAUGGUAGAAGCUCGCUGGCACAAUCCGCAGCAGGCACAAAUUGCCACUGACGCAAUGUUGAGACUGGACCAGCGAAAGUACAAGUCAGUCAGAGAGCUAACGUCUACCAUAGAGAACCUCAUCGUCGUACCCGGUAUACGUUAUGAUGGCGGGUGUAUGCCCGAGAAUCUCAGGACCUUACUGGCCAUCGAGUAUCAUUUCUUUGAGACCUUCUCUAGAAAGGCCUUAGAUGUGAAGGCUACUCUAGGAAGUGCUCAGCCCACUCCAGUAGACGGGAGGAAGAAGAAGAGUCCACAGGAGUGGAAGAAGAAGGGGAGUCGAUUGAUGAUGGUUGAGUCUGAUGGGACCCAAACCGAGAUCGAUGAGCUUUCCGACCUGAUGGACAGUACAGAGUACGACAGCGAGGAAACCGCUGAGGGUAGCACCCUCGCCGCAGUAGUAAAGACUAAGGCAGGUGGUCGAGGAAAGGGUCAUCAAAAGAGUCAAGGGCAGACCGCCUCCAAUCAGUCCAAAGUAGCAGAUUGGGUUAAGACAGGUCUUGAUCAGGAAGUGUAGCGGGACCGUCGAGUGCGUGGCGCUUGCAUUAACUGUGAUGAAUACGGACACACCCAGUACAAGUGCAAGAACG